GCCUGCAACGGGGGAUGCAGAGCGUCCUGGUCGCCAUGAAAACAGGCCACACCCCGGCGAUCCCUGCCCGUGGUUCGCAAGUGCGCAGCCGCGCGCCCCCUUCCGCGCAUGAGCAGUUCUGCUCCCAACCCGCCAGUCGCGGUCUCCGGCGCCAGCUACGCCGCUGCCGCUGUCACUAUGGCCCAUUACAAAGCCGCCGACUCGAAGCGUGAGCAGUUCCGGAGGUACUUGGAGAAGUCGGGGGUGCUGGACACGCUGACCAAGGUGUUGGUAGCCUUAUAUGAAGAACCAGAGAAACCUAACAGUGCUUUGGAUUUUUUAAAGCAUCACUUAGGAGCUGCUACCCCAGAGAAUCCAGAAAUAGAGCUGCUUCGCCUAGAACUGGCUGAAAUGAAAGAGAAAUAUGAAGCUAUUGUAGAAGAAAAUAAAAAACUGAAAGCAAAGCUUGCUCAGUAUGAACCACCUCAGGAGGAGAAGCGUGCUGAAUAGGAUUCUUCUCAGUUGAAAAGACAAUGAAAAAUGGUUUUGUAUGACUUGAAUAGUUUGUAUAGUAUAUAAUCUUUUCUGAACAGAUGCUAUAGAACUCUUUUAAUAUGUUUAAUUCACCUAUCACACUCUGUUAAAAACACAUAGAAUCAUCAAUAAAAACUCAAUAUAACUUUCUUUGGGUCUUAAAGCAGGAGAAUCCAAAGUAAAUCCUGGAAAAAACCUAAACACAGCCAUCUAACUCAUUACCUUAAAAGACAUUCUGUUUAUUAGUCUGAUUAGGAAUGAUGGCACUGGUUGUAUUUUAGCCAAGACAGUUUAGCAUGGAGCUAUUCCUUGGUAUAGUUCAGGAUAUGAACACAGGUACAGUCAUUCUUUGAAGGUGACACUGUUGUGUAUAUUCCCUAUAGGCAGCUGGAGAGAUCUGUGUGACACAAGAUGCUUUUGUACAGGUUCCCAUGAAUCUUUUGCUCUUGUUUGUGUAACAUGGAACAAAUAACUUCUUUGCCACCACUUUGCCUUAGAUAACUGUGUGUGUGUGCCAGUUUGAACUCUGACACCACAUUUUCCUUCUAUGCAAUCAUGCCUUGUCUGAUAAUCUUGCAUUGCUUUGCUCUAAGCUUUAGUGGGUCCUAGUUGCACACUGGCCUUUCUGUGCUGUUUUUCAAUUUGCCUAAUAAUAGCAGUUACCCUUAUUGUAAUUUAUGUAACUUUAAACAGGAUCACACUGUACCCCCUGCCUGCCUUAUUUGCUUACUGAGCACAGGACAGAGGCAAUAUACAACUCUGGGUUCACACACAAGCUGAGAUGAGAAGAGGAAUGAGCCAUAUAUUGUGGAAAAUCAUAGUUUGUAGGUAUAAUUAUAUAGUGCUUUUCUCCCUCAAAGUAUUUUUCUAGUCUUGAAUUCAUUUUAUCUUCAUUAUAUAAUCCCUGUGAAGUAGGUGGGACAAGUAUGAGGGGAAGAGGGGUGCUGAAUUUUUAGGCCAAAGACUGAUAUUAAUACAAAUCACUCACUAACUGUAGAGCCUUGGGCAUAUCAGUGAACUGCUCUAAGAUUUACUGUCUUCAUCUGUUUAAUGAGUAGAAUAUCCGUGAUGCCUACCUCACAGGGUUGUUGUGAGGGUCAAAUGAGAAUGUAUGUGAAAGAUUUGUAAAUGGUAAAGCACUAUAUUCUUGUUUGUUA